AUGCCCGUACUGGAGGAGAUAGAGAAGGCCGACAGCGUCCGAGAUCCCUCACCAGUUCCUGAGAAUCCCCUUCCCUUGGAAGACGACGACCCGUCUUUGGAUCCUCAGAACUGGCCGCAAGCUCGCAAGAUACUCAUUCUGGCCGUCGCGUUCAACCUCGUGGAAGAUUGUAACGGCUUCAGAGUCCUUGCCGUGUCUAUCUACUUGGUAGGUUACGCCAUCGGCAACACUGUGCUUGCACCCUUGAGCGAGCAUUAUGGCAGCAGACCGGUCACCUUGUGGGUAGCUCUGUUUAACUGGCGCUUGUCGUUUUGGAUACGGCUCGCUCAUGGCGGCGUUUUCUUUUUGGCAGCACUCUGGCUCAUCCCGGAGACAAAUCAUCUUGUGAUUUUAGAUUGGCGGGCCAAAGAGAUCCGAAAAGAAAAUUGCACGUCUAUCCCGCGUGGGCCCUCUGAGGACAAAGAGAUUGCUCUGGGCGAGAUGGUAACUAAGGUGCCGAUCCGGCCGUUGAUCAUGCUCUGCAGAGAACCCCUCGUCUUCCUUUCUUGCCUAUAUAUCGCAUUUCAAUAUAGGAUCUUCUAUAUAUUUCUCCAAUCUUAUCCUCUAAUAUUCAUAGGCGUAUACGACUUCAACACAGGCGAAGAAGGUCUCAUUCUCCUCAGCUUUGGCAUCGGCGUGCUCCUAACUGUACCAGCGCAGUACGUCUUCGAGACCUACUACGAGCGUGCUUCACGGCAAGACAGAGCCUGGACCAGGCAUCACGGCGCAAAGCGCUUCCCACUAGCCUGCAUUGCUGGACCAUUCAUCGUGCUGAGCCUCUUGUGGAGUGCUUGGACAUCGCGCGCCACAGUCCACUGGAUCGUACCCGCCCUGUCUGGGAUCUCGUACGGGCUGGGAUAUAUCUUGACGAUCAGCUUCCUCCUGAACUACUUGGUGGACAACUAUGCAUCAUUCGCCUCAUCGGCAAAUGCAGCGUCGAUCCUUACACGGCAGUUCGUGAGAGCUGGGCUUCCGUUUGCCGCUGUGCCGAUGUACACCAGACUCAGCAUCUCGUGGGCCAGUAGUCUUCUUGGACUUGUUGCGGCUGUGAUGGGUCUUAUCCCGUUUUUGUUUUGGGCGUAUGGAGAAAAAAUAUUAGCGAGGAGCAAAUGGGCCCUGGAAUUAGCCAAAACGGAAGAAGUGGACGAAGCAGAGACGAAGUAA